GAAAAUGUGUCUUUCAUUUCAAGAGUUGACAGCAGUAUGAAUUUUUCUUUAUAUUACAAAUAUUUUCCAAGUUUAUUGACAAUAUUCUUCAAUCUAUUAAACAUCAAUGAAACUUUUCAAACAAACGGAAAAAAAAUAAAUGUCUGCAGAAUUAAAAAUGGCGGAACUUGUUCAGCUUCCAGUGUUCUAGCAAAUCUAAGGGAUUAUACGUAUAAAUGUGAAAAUGCCCUUGAACCUCAAUGGAUCAACCACAGAGAUUGGGCUUCAGAUUGUUUAGAAGAAAACACUUGUUCCUUAGCAUAUCUACUCAUUAACUUUAAACAAAAAUACGACAUUGCAGAAAUCUGUAUUGAGCAAAGAUUAGCAUUAGUGUCAUUCCUAACAAGAAAAGUAAGAAUAGAGUACAGUAAUGGAAGAAAUACUACUCAUACACUCGAUAGUAAUCAGUAUCAAAAAUGCUACCUUCUACCUGGAGAAACUGGUAAACAAAACAAUUGGAUAAAAGUGUUAACUCUUGAGGGGUAUGGGACAACGAAACGAGGAUUGGGUAGCGUUAUUGUUUACGCUUUCAAUGGUGAUGAUACAAAUAGUAAUGAUGAAAUUCAUUAUACAAACAUUGCUGAAUUUUCUAGUUGUUCUGCUCCCUAUAGUGGUAAUAUGAACUGUCAACGUGCCCUGAAUUACGAUUCAAAUGAAAAUUUACUGGGUGGUUGGAUAACCUCUUGUGCAAGAGGCAAUUGUUUUGGCCUAACUUAUGAACUAACCUUUCCAUUUACAGUUCAACCAAAAAUUACUUGUGUGGCUGGAAGAGAGUUUGGAAGUUACACAAUACCUCUAGAAAUUAAAGCUAAAUGGAGUUCAAAUUUCAUACAGUUUUUUACAUUUUCUUUCUCAAGACUCAGACAAUGUUUUGAAUACACAAAAGAUUUCUUUGAAACUGGUGUAACACUUAAUAUUACAAAAUAUCAUGAACCUGCUAGGGCAGAUAAUGUAGGACUUGCUUAUGUUAAUGUUUACAUUAUAGAUACACCUCAAAAAUUUUUCUUCAUAGAAUCAACCGAUGAAGUCAUUUAUCAUUUCUCUACUCAGUUUCUUUCACCAAUGCAACUUUUUAGUUUUGGUGUCAAAGUUAAAGGAAAUGGUAAUUGUCAUUCUUUCAUUAUUAAUUUGAUGAACAAAGAUGGAGAAUCAAAGGUUAAGAUAACAUUGGAUGUUGAAAGCAUAACUGUUCUUAUAAAUGGUACAUUAAGUCAUAUUGGUAAUCAAACUAAUAAUGACCACCUUCUACUUUGCAAUACUUGGAAAGAUUUUUGGAUUUCCUUAAUAGGAAAUGAUCUACAAAUUGGAAAAGGUCAAGUUUAUAAUAACAACCUUCUUUACAGCACCAAAGUAGCUAAAGAUAAAGGAUAUGUGACGAAAUUAGAAGUAAACAAUGGGGAAACAUCCACAGUAUCCAUAUUUAGAGUUAAUAGUUACAAUAAAAACUAUGGCUUAAAGAUUAAUGCUAUAUAUCCUCUCGGCUGCUCCACACCUCUACUGGAAAACCUUCAUGAUUUCAAUACUUCUACAUGCUUUUUGGUCAAAGAAAGUCCAUACAUUUUUGAAGCAAUUAGAAAUGAUGGCAAUUCAUUUGGAAUUCUAAAGAAUCUUAUUAAAAUAACUCUUAAAUUUAUAUCAAGUGAUGACAAAAAAUCAAUUGCAAUUUACCUUUCAUUAGCUGAAAUUGGAAAGCAAGUAUCAAACUCUUGUCCACUUUCCAGUAUGGAUCAGCUAAAUGAAGAGAAUUUAUGGGAAUAUGAAUUUGAUUGUGGAUACAACAAAGCAAUAAUAGAAAGGAUAGUAAUUAUUAUUACAGCAGAUUUUAUCUCAAACUCAUUAGUGGAACUAUGCGAAGUGAAUUUUUUGUGAAUUUUUCAUUGGUGAACAGAAACAGAUGUAUAAAGUAGUCCGCAAAAAUAUUGGUGCCCCCUAAAUUUUGAUAGGCCGAACAAUAAAAAUCUUUUUCACAGGGAAAAAAGAUUUUUUUU